AUGACUAUGAUUUUUACAAACUGGGCAACACUGAGGGAUGUUGGUUGUUCUUUCUUGAAAGAGGCCCUAGUUUAUCCAUUGACAAGAUCUCAUAAGGAAUUAGUUGAGGUCUGGACCAGCUGGGCUUGUGAAAGGAUCAAGAUACCUUUGGCUAAAGAUUUACUACAUCCCUCCUUCGAAGAGGAAAAGAAAAAACAUAAAAAGAAACGGCUAGUUCAAAGUCCAAACUCUUAUUUUAUGGAUGUAAAAUGUCCAGGUUGCUACAAGAUUACCACAGUUUUCAGCCAUGCUCAGCCAGUGGUUCUUUGUGAAGGCUGUUCAACAGUGUUGUGCCAGCCUACAGGAGGAAAGGCCAGACCCACAGAAGGGUGUUCAUUUAGAAGAAAGCAACACUAAUGAUCUACACAACUUCCUGAAUUUGUGUUAUCUUACACAAAGCCUUAUCAUAAGUUCAGUAAUUCUAGUUAAUCUACCAAAAUAAUUACAUUUGAUUUUAUAAGGUAUAUAACAGUGGUCUCCUAUUUUGGUGUCAGUUUUUCAAUAAAGUUUUGAUUAUGGGGAAAAAAAUUAAAAAAAAAAAAAA